AGUGUACAAUAAAAAUAACUUGUAUUUACUUUUUUAAUGAUGUGAGUCGUUUUGAGAGAAAAAAAGCCACAAAGAAAACGUGACCGACGUAAAUGCUAGUUCAUUUGAAUACAAUUAUUUAAGGGGAAAAAAAUCAAGGGGGAAAAAAACAAGGUAUUUCCGUUCGAUGUGUUCCUGCGCCUCAGAACCUCCUACUCGUAAAGAGAAUGCGCUUCUGCCAUCAUUAAAAGUUUAAAAGACGACGUCGACAACAAGCUUUUGUUUUUCGCUGUACGUCGAUUUUUUUCACUCAAAAAAAGCAUGUCAAAGAUGAAAACUGACGAUUAAACUGCAGAAUGACGAGCUUCACUUCAUAGCGCGGUAAGAAGUAGUCCUCUUUUCUCCUCUUACCGCUUGUGAUUUUCCGUCGGACAAAGGGGCUCCAAAUAAUCGAGUCAUCCUAGUCUCCUUGUCAUUGUAUUCAACUGUCUUCCUGCAGAUUCUGUGAGUGGCACCAUGGCUCGCGGCUGCGUCUGCUGCGUCAAGUACAUGCUCUUCCUCUUCAACCUUUUCUUCUGGCUGGGCGGGUGCGGCCUGCUGGGCGUGGGCGUGUGGCUGUCGGUAUCGCAGGGAAAUUUCGCCACGCUGUCGCCGUCCUUCCCGUCGCUGUCGGCAGCCAACCUCGUCGUCACGCUGGGCACCGUCGUCAUGGUGACGGGGUUUUUGGGAUGCCUGGGAGCCAUCAAGGAGAACAAGUGCCUGCUGCUUAGCUUCUUCAUCGUCCUGUUGAUCAUCCUUCUGGCCGAGCUCAUUCUCCUCAUUCUCUUCUUCGUCUACACAGACAAGGUGAGCGAAAACGCCAGACGGGAUUUAAAGGACGGGCUCGUCCUUUACAACACGGACAACAACGCCGGUUUGAGCGACGCGUGGAACACCAUCCAAGAGGGGUGGCGCUGCUGCGGCGUGACGAGCUUCAGCGACUGGCACGCGGCGCUGCAAGUCGACGCCGUCCCCGACAGCUGCUGUCAGACGGUCCGUCCGGGGUGUGGACGCAACGCUUCCGACGCCUUCUGGACGCGGGGCUGCUACGAGAAAGUCGAAGAGUGGCUGGACGACAACAAGCACCUGCUGGGCACCGUCGCCAUGUGCGUGUUGGUCGUACAGCUCCUGGGUAUGGCCUUCUCCAUGACGCUUUACCAGCAGAUCCACCGCGCGGGCAAGAAGUAUCAAGCCUGAUCCAGUACUCGUGUGGUAUAAACGCCUAAAUACUCCCACAUAUACUUUUUGUACGCAGUCGAAAAAAUAUCCAUUAUCACAAUGAGUAGUCCAUUUUAUAGGCAAAAUCUUUGUUACAAGUGUCCCUGACAUGACCAAUAAAACCACAUUUCAUACUUGUUUAUAUUCAAACGCGGCAGUGUCUUGAGAUAGGACUAAAAAAAAAAAAAUUUCGUCGUGUAUUGAAUGGAGUACGUCCAUUCGUUUGAAGUGCCACCCUCCCCAUUCAAAUGGAUUGCUGUUAAUGUCAGUUAAAUCCUCAUGACCAAUCGAGAAAGAUGACAUUAUUUUGGACGAAAACUUAUCUAUAUCAACAUGAUAAUCGUGCACAAUUUCUUCCUCGGAAAUUCCCCAUCUAGUUAGCUAGAUAGCUGUCGUUGACGGUGAUAGACGUCUAAUCUCUCUGGAUAUCAGGCUGCCGCGAUAAAUUGCCUAUUUCUUUAUUCAUCAGUUGACUCAACUAUUUUGAUAGCAGACAAUCAUUUUGAGACAUUGUCAACCUCAAAUCUGAUUUAAAAAAUGUAAUUUUAAAAGGAGGGGGGGGAAAUGGUCUCAUUCAAGUAGAUUUAUAUGGGAAUGAUUAACAUUAAUGAUAAAAAUGAGUGCAUUCAUUUAAAAAAUAACUCCAUCAACAUCAAUUUGCGCUUUUGUCCCUCCUCCGAACGUCUUCACAAAGGCAACGUCUUCUCGUUGUCGUACGCCACGUUGCCCUUGACGACCACGUAGCGGAUGAGUUCCUGGUGUCCGCCCAGCUGGUAGAUCAGAUGCUCCCACCUGUAGACCAAAAUACUCGGCAUUCUUUUCUUGACCGCGCGGGGAUGCGGGCGCUACUGACCGUGGAGCAUUGACCAAUAGCAGGUCGCCGUCCUUUCCCGCCUCCAGCGAACCGUGCGUGCGCGAGCGGCCCAGGGCGUAGGCGGCGUUGAUGGUGGCCGCCGCUAAGGCUUCGGGCAUGGACAUGCGCAUGUUGACGCAGGCCAGGUGCAUGACCAGUGGCUGGGAAAAUGGAGGGAACAUCUGAUUUCUAUUGACGAUGAUAGACGUCCGAUUGUGUGGAUCUUAAAAAAUGCUUUAAAUGAGUUUAUCCAUGGUAGACGUCUUCAAACAGAUUGGACGUCAAGCGCCGAUGAGUUAAUAGUUGGUGAAUGGUGGCAUCCUCACCAUUGAGCAACAGUACGCGUUGGGGUUGAAGUCACUGCCCAGGGCCACGAUGACGCCCGCGUCCAGCAUGGCUCGUGCCCGCGGUUGGCUGAGCCUGGCAACGUUCACAAUCAAGAUAUAUAGUAGCGUGACGGGUACGGUUUCUCACGCCGGCGUUACCGAAGAAUGUACGCUGUGGUGGGCAGCAGGACAGCGGCUGUUUUAGCCCGGGCCAUGGCGGCGAUGCCCUCGUCCGUGGCUUCCUCUAGGUGGCUCACGGCCAAUGCGCCCAACUCUGCCCCCAGCUGUGAAAAAAAAAAAAAUGGUAAAAUAACAUCUCAACUCGGGACGGUGAAACAAGAAAAUGGCACUACCUGAGCAGCGUUCAUCGGGUGGAGCUCGUCACCAUGGAAGUUGGCGUUCAGGCCCAUGUCCUUGCCCGCCCGCAGAAUGGCGCGCGUGGACGGCACAUCAAAGACACCGCGCUCGCAAAAGACGUCGAUGUUGUCCACGCGCAGCGUCCCGGCCACCACGUGCUCCUUCAGCGCCGGAAGUUGAACCUCCACAAUGUCACGCGUGGCUUCUUCUAAAGUCUUCCCUCUUCACAAGGAGAGGAACAUUUCAAUUUUAGGCGAUGAUUAUCAUCUCUUUGUGGACUUACUUGGGCACGGCGUGCGCGCCGCAGUAGGUGGGGGAGAUGUUGAUGGGCAGCGUGCGCCGGGCUUCCUCCAUCACCUCGAGCAUCUUGAGCUCGGUGGGAAGCUCCAGGCCGUAGCCGCUCUUCACCUCCACCAGAGUGGUGCCGGCCCGUCGCAUACGCUCCAGACGGCCGGUUAAAGCCUCCAAAAGUUCCCCAGCGCUGGCCGCCCGCGUGCGCUCCACCGUGAAGUGGAUGCCACCUCCUGCGCGGUGCACGUCCAUGUAGCUGGCACCGUCCAGCUGUGGAGAAGAUUGAGCGAGAGACCCCAAAAAUGAAGAUUUUUUUAAGUCACAAAUGUCUGUAUUCUAUCGGCUGCCGUACCUUCAUGGCAAACUCGUGCACGCGGUCGCCAGCCCAGAUGGGAUGAGUGUGAGCGUCGACCAAGCCUGUUGUCCUCAUCAUCAUCAUCAUAUUUUUUUAAAUGACUGACAGGCGAGAUGUCCGACACUCACCAGGUAGGACGCACAUUCCCGUGGCGUCGAUGACACGUUUGAAGGAAGCGCGGGAAUACUGUGAUGCAAUGGCGUCAGCGGGACCGACGGCUUCGAUGAGACCCUCUCUGACCAGAAAUAAAUGUUUUCAUACAAUAUCCGUUUGCUCAUUGGCUGCCGUCGACCACGAUAAACGUCCAGUCCAAGUCAAAAUGGAUUGGACGUCUACCGCUGUCAAUGGCAGCCAAUGAAGGAGCGCUUACUGACGUUAAUGAAUACCCACGUUAGCCUAAGGGGGUGCUGUUUAAACCUAAUGACAACUGAAAUUCCUGAUUUUGCUGGUUUUUUAAGCACUAUUAUUGCCCACCGACCUUCCGAUGACCACGCUUCCAUUCUGGAUGAUAUGAAGGUUGAUGCCAUUGUCGCCUUUUGUCAGGUAUUCCUCUCCUUUGUUGCAAAUAACCACCACUUGUUCAGCAUUUUCUACCAGAAGUCUCAAACUGACCGCCGACAUGUCUCUCCUUUAACGCUUCGUCGA